AUGAUGAUGAUGCGUACUGUCUCUCUACCAUUGCCCCAUGAUCUGAAUGUUCAUAAGAUCCAUGAAGCUUCUGGAUUCCAUAAUAGUGUUGCUGGUAAAAAUCGUGUGUAUCUGACACGGACAGGUCUUUCAUCAUGUGCCACGAGACAAGACGUUUGGAGUCUCCAGCUUCUUGAGAGCUUGGGUGGUUCUAAAGCCCCUGUAUCAUCUAGGUGUAAUGCAUUCGUUUGCCGAGCAGCUCUCUUUCCAGGGAGUGGAAAUGAAGGUCCCAUUGUUAAAUCAACUGCAGUAGUAUUCACAAGGGCAUAUGAUGCUUUACGCGGAAAUCCUCAUUUGAUGAAACUUAUUCCAGCAGUUGGGGUUCUUGCAUUUGCGACAUGGGGGAUUAGACCCCUUCUGCGUCUUACUAGAGCUACCUUUUCUGAGAAGGGGAAUGAUGCAAAUUCACACAAGAGCAGCAUGCAAUACAUUGUUGUGUCAUACCUUCAGCCUUUGCUGCUUUGGAGUGGAGCACUUCUUUUAUGCAGAACAUUGGACCCAAUCGUAUUGUCUUCAAGUCCCAGCCAGAUUGUUAAACAACGCCUUCUUACCUUUGUUCGGUCCAUGUCAUCAGUGUUGGCAUUUGCCUACUGUUUAUCAAGCUUAGUUCAGCAGGCACAGAAGUAUUUCAUGGAGACAAAUAAUCUUGCUGAUACCAGAAAUAUGGGUUUCAGUUUUGCUGGAAAAGCUGUCUACACUAUGGCGUGGGUUGGUGCCGUCGCAUUGUUUUUGGAGCUGUUGGGUAUCUCUGCCCAAAAGUCGCUAACCGCAGGGGGUCUGGGGACAGUAUUGAUCACUCUUGCUGGUCGUGAGAUACUUACAAACUUUCUUUCAAGCAUUAUGAUUCAUGCUACACGGCCCUUUGUACGGAACGAGUGGAUCCAGACCAAGAUAGGAGGCUAUGAAGUUUCUGGCACUGUAGAGGAAGUUGGUUGGUGGUCACCUACAAUUAUCAGAGGUGAUGACCGUGAAGCUGUUCAUAUUCCGAACCAGCAGUUUACUGUAAAUAUUGUGAGGAAUCUAACUCAAAAGACACAUUGGCGGAUCAAAACACAUCUUUCCAUCAGUCAUCUUGACGUCAGCAAGAUUAAUAUCAUUGUGGCUGAUAUGCGUAAGGUUUUGUCUAAAAAUCCUCAAAUCGAGCAGCAAAAAAUACACAGAAGAGUCUUUUUGGAGGAAGUAGAUCCAGAAAACCAAGCCCUUAGGAUCCUGAUAUCCUGUUUUGUAAAGACUUCACGUUUUGAAGAAUACCUCUGUGUUAAGGAAGCAGUACUCUUGGAUCUUCUCACAGUUAUCAGGCAUCAUGGAGCACGCCUAGCAACUCCCAUUCGUACGGUUCAGAGAAUGCGUCAUGAGGCUGAAGUGGACAGCGCAGCAUUUUCAGACAUAGUCUACAAUCAAGCUGCUAUGAACCGUCGAUUCAUGCUGAUUGAACCGUCGUACAAAAUCAACAGCGAAUCUGAUAGUGAAACAGAAAACAAUGGAUCAGUUUCGGUUUCAAACGCCAAAAAGGAGAAACCUAAAGCAGCUCUUGACUCCAACUCCAGCACAGGCACUAAAGGUACAACAACCUCAACAUCGGAUCAAACAGUAGAACAAAAGUCGGAAGAGAAGAAGAAAGAGAUCGUGGGAGAGUCUGAUGAUAAAGCAGAGAAGGACGAGGUUUCUGAUGGUGAAGGCGCAACAGAGCAGACAUUGAAACCAAAAGCGAAACAAGGGAACGAAAAGAGCAGCGGAGAUCAGAAAGGUCGAGAUAAUGGUGGUUCCGGUACCAGUUCGUUGCUAGAGGAGAACAUUGUUCUUGGUGUUGCUUUGGAUGGUUCGAAACGUACACUCCCGAUUGAUGAAGAGCUCGAUGCGUCUGGUGCGUUAAUGGAGUCUGAAGAACUUGGUAUUGGAAAGGAAUGA